AUGGGCAAAUGGACACUUGCACACCAAGAUGAGGUCCUCAAAACUAAAAUGAAAAGCCUAGUAAAUGGCGCAGUGAAUAGAAUGAAGCUGGAAGGAUCGGAGCCGCGCAUUUCCUAUGAACAUUUUGUAGACGACCUUGACGUGGGCGAUUCGUUUACUACUACCCUUCUCGAAGUUCUUGUUAAGGAAAUGGCAGAUCGCCGCACACGAAAUAGUGCUAUGGACCGACGGUUAAUCUCCGAACGCACCGCGAAGUGUCUUAGGAUGCAAAUAUCUCCUCUGCAUAUCUAUCGGGGCCGUCGUAGUGUACAUCGCUUUGCUGGAAGAUCUGCUUACCUUGGCCCCGUGUAUCCAGAAAUGGCAGCAGAGUUCACGGAUGAGGAGGAUGAGCAUGGAGAUAACCGUAGCAGUCACAGCGACGCUGAUGGUCCUCUUGAAGGUGUACGGCUCAAUGGCGAUCUCUACGACGCGUAUUCCCGUGCGUCUCACGCGUCGUCUACAUUUGACCUUCUCGAUACCUUGCGUCAAGUAGAGCCGACUCCCCUGGCUACCGGCUCCCCAGAUGCUGCAGAAGGCGGCCGAGGUCAGUUCUUUGUGACUAGUCCUCGCCCCGUCUCUCCGGUUCUACCGUCCAUUACAUAUCGGUCAAGUCCAUGGGCAUCUAGCAGCACGGUGGCUGGUCCGGCGACACUAACACGACAGAAUUCUACACGCCAUCACGCACGGUCUCGCACAGUGGAUUUCAAUGAUUUCACUCAUCGUCGACGUUCAUCAAUCCGACAAAGCCAACAGGAAGGUGAACACGUUCGAUUAGACGACUCAUCAGACGGAACGUGGAGAUUUCAUCCGAAUAUCCCACAAAGUUGGGAAUCAUGGUUACCUACUGGAAUGUCACCACCAUCCAGCAAUCCUCUGCCUCUGCCAUCUACUAGACGGGCCUUGCCCGCCUUCCGAUCACUCCACCGCCGCAGAGAGGCAGGAGGUACCUAUCCCUGGAGUCCCGAUUCUUCAGAGCCUCCUGUGGCAGACAUUGGAAAUGCCAAUGUCAGCCAACCGUCAAUCGUCUCUUCCGCUGGACAAAGUUCGUCACCCUUGUGGCAAUCCUUAACCUCAGCUGCACCCACACCUCCUGAUUCGUCAUGGGCGCCGAGCCGUCGUACCAGCCUUACGGAGGUUCACGAGGCACGCAGGCAGGUCAUCGCUCCUCGUCUUCGUCGGGGUGGUAUCCGUCCACCCGAAUCGCUUUUAUCUCGGUAUGCAUCUCCAGUCCCAGAUGAGCAGAUCUCCGGACGAUCGGGCGCUGUACCAGUAUCAACAUCGAUGGAAGAAUUAGAUGCUGUCUCCGUUGACCCAGUAAUCAGUGGUGACGCCUCUCCUUACACGGCUGAGGCCGUGCGCCACUAUGUUGGCCGAGGCCCCAGCAUGGAGAAUGGGGACUGGGGCUCUGAUGUCGCAGACACUAGACAGUUGCCAACUCCUACGAGGUCCGUCACUCCGUCUGUUGAGCCUGAAAUAGAGUCAUGA